UUAUUUUACUAAAAAGUAGAAACAACGGGAGCAGUUGUCGGUAACCUAAAUAUAGAUAUUUAUUUGUUUAUUAUCAUUUAACCUACUUUUGCCCUGAAAAAGUAAAGGAUAUCCCGUCGCUCCUUCUAUGGUCAUAAUUUACGAUCCUUCCCUCUUCAUUACAAAAGCGUUCAAAUAAUUGGAGUGUACUACUAUUUGAAUACACAGAUUCUUUUUCUCGAAAACUAACAGAAAAUUAUUUAAUAAAAAUAGUGUAGUCGAUUAAUUCACUGUCGUGGACCCAUUGUCUCUUUUUAUUUUUUAUAUGGUUUUGGCUAUUAAUAUUCGCAAAAACAAUAUGGUCGCGUAUCGUGAUCAACAAACAUAGUCGAAAUAAUACAGUUUGAUAACAGUCUACUACGUCAGACAAAUAGCUUGACCCAGUGGGACAAGUACAUCAAAUCGGCCCAUAUAAUUCCUGGGCCUUAAAAUGAUUCAAUUUCAGUGAUUAACUUGAAAAUCAAUUCACGAGAAGUUUAAUCAAGAAUGUAACACAAGAAUAUUUUUCGACAUUCAUUAGGGUGUUAUUGUGUGUUCAGGAUGAAUAUUUAGAUCCCUUCUCCAUGGACGAAUACACCAGCGAAUCUUCUUCUCCAAUCACUCGGUUUCCUGUACCUAUGUUUUUGCCUAUGUAAGAAGAAUCUCUCAAAUUGAAAUUUCUGAUUUUAGGGGACGAGAUCAUGCGGUUUUGAUCUUAUGGAUACUGCUAAACGUAUCUUUGAGGAGCAAAGAAGACGGGUUAAAGAUUUCCGUCCAGGGAUUCGUUACUUCGAUGAUUCCUGCAGUUGAUAUCGGGAAUGGGUUGACGAGUCAUUUCAGUUCAUGUGGACGAAUCUGUAAUCUUGACAUUCCCAGAGACCCUAUAACAAAUGUUGUCAACAGCAAAUGUUCCUUUUUCCAACUCUGCGGAGGAGAAGGCGCCGAAGAGAAGGCCUUGGCACUUGAUGGAACUGACAUGGGAGGGUGGAAUGUAACAGUUAAGGUGUUACCUCACGAUGAUCUUGAGUUUACUACCGAUCAGCUGGCUGCUAUGAGCAUUUCACACUUUAAGAAAACCAGGAGCGAAGGCGUUUCCGUUAGAGGAUAUGACAAUUCCCUUCCUUCGAAUGAUAUCAAGAGCGCUUUGACUAAGCAUUUCGCUUCAUGUGGAGAGAUAACUGAUGUUUUUGUUCUCAAAAGACGGGCUAUUAUUUACUUUUUCGGAUGGCAUGCAAUAAGUAAGGCGGUUGAACUCAGUGGAAGUAACGUGGGAGGAUGUGGACUAGUUGUUAAGGCUUUGCCAGUACCUAAAACUGUCCCAAGUAAAACUACUUCUCAUGGGUUGGGUGGUGGUUUAUUUUUUAGCUGAAUGUGUUUACCGUAGUUAGUAUCUAAUUCGGUUUGAUCAUAGGUGACAUAUUAGCUAUAUACACAGAUUCUUAUACGCCAGCAUCAAAUCUUACCGCAGUUUCAUGACUGUAUAUUUCCACCACAAUCAUUGGUGGUAAAGAGUUUCAAAUGAUGAUGUAGGCUUCUUGUAGAGCCAUGGCGAUAUUGACGGGGAUAGUGGGACCUAAACAUAGGUGACUCGGAACCGUUUAACAAAAGAUUAAUCGUGAUGUUUUAAUCUUUACUCUUAAACACAAUCAUACCUAUUCACAAAGCCAUAAACUAAUGGGUAUUCUGGGUUUUAAGCAAACAUAAUUAAGUAACUUUUUGUUGUUGUUGAAACAAACAAACGAUAAUAUAUACUAGAACGAUCCAAAUAAGAUGUUAGAUGUUGCCGUAAAUUUGCCGGUCAAAGCUCCCAAUGUAAGAUGUAUCAUGUACCCCCACGCACUUCAACAACCAUCACUAGUCAAACCCAACAUUUAUCGUCACCACUUUCAACGUUUUUUUAUUUCCUUGAGAUGAUGAGAAUUAAUUACCACUGUCGCAACUAUUUAUCUUGGAAGAAACUAACGUGCUACUUGAGACAUCAUUUUUUAAGUAAAUAAUAAAUAUUUUCAUACAUUUUGUUAUCAGUUAUCACUAUAUACUUAAAUAUAAACUAUCGAGAGUGUUGACAAAAAAAACUAUCGAGAGUGUAGAGGUGAUUUGGUAAGUGCAGUGAAUGUUUUCCACACUUGUUUUUUCAGAGCCCCCAAAAUAGUGUACUAAUCAUAUUUUAGUGACCAAAAUCAAUCUAAUACUCUAAAUUUUUUAAAAGAUAUAUAUUAGCUUUAAGAAUCAACUUUUUAUAGUUUUGGUGCUUUGAAAAUUUUGAAAUAAUUAUAUAAUAAUAAAACCUACAUUUAUAGGAAAAAAAAUCUAUGUCUAAAUUAUAAAGAAAAAAACUUGAAUUAGCAACCUUUAUGAAUCAAAAUUUUAUUGUCUUCAUUUUUACUGUACUAAGAUUUUAGGGCCAAUUUCCUUUAUAAAUAUAAAACUAGAUAGCCAUGUGAAAAUCUUUGAGAUGAAAAAAAAAAGUAUGGUUUAUAAAACACUAACCCGAACUAGUAUAGUACUUGUCUGAAAGGAAAAUACAAUUGGGGAUUAUUACGCCAUAAUUGGUGGAGAAUAUGUCCAAUAAAUUGAGAAAAAAAAAUAUGAUUCUGUAUUUGCCUAUAUACAAAAGCCAAAAAAUCAAAAAGUCAACAUUGAUACGAAGGAAGAAAAAAAAAAGAUAUACUAUUCUAGAUCUGUCCGUCCUCUGAACUUAAAUAUCAACUUCAUCUCCCAUCACCAUCAAUCACUCUUUCUGACUGCUUUCAUCUGCCAUCCCAGAGUUUCCAUGUCCUUCCUCAUAAAUACUUUCUCCAAUCUAUUCUAAAGUCUAAUCAUUCAUCUCUCCCUAGAGAAGAAGAAUAACAUUCAAGAAAUGAGAAAAGACCAUAUGUUAACAUUGUUACUAGGAGUUUCUUUAUCAGCAUUACUGAUAGUAACCUUCUUUAUCUUCUUCUUCAGAAGAAGACAACAAUCAUCCACCGAACCAGAUCAAUACGACGUCGAGUCACUCGACCAUAAGGUUCAUAACAAACAUGUCUCUUCCUCGGAGACAGAGGAGCUCGUGACGUUUCAAGGAGGAGAAGAUCUAACGAUCUGCGAUAUACUCGAUGCUCCGGGAGAAGUCAUCGGGAAGUCAAGCUACGGGACUCUCUACAAGGCGUCGCUGCAACGCAGCGGGAAAGUUAGAGUUCUCAGGUUUCUCCGACCGGUUUGUACAGUGAGAUGUGAUGCUAAGGAGUAUAGUGACGUCAUCGAGACGCUUGGGUUUGUUCGACAUGAGAACUUGGUUCCUCUGUUGGGUUUCUACGGUGGAAACAGAGGAGAGAAGCUUAUGGUUCAUCCUUUCUUCUCUUCCGGGAAUCUCUCCGACUUCAUCAAAAGUGGAGGUGAAGAAUCUAUAAAAUGGAGCAACAUUCUAAGCAUCACAACUGGAAUAUCCAAAGCUCUUGAUCACCUUCACACAGGAACGCAGAAACCAAUCAUCCACGGCAAUUUAAAAUCCAAGAACGUCCUUCUCAACUCCAAUUUCGAGCCUCGAAUCUCUGAUUACGGUUUGCAUCUUCUCUUAAACCAAACGGCAGGACAAGAGAUUCUUGAUGUCUCAGCAGCUGAGGGAUACAAAGCACCUGAGUUGGUAAAGAUGAAAGAAGCGAGCAAAGAGAGUGAUGUGUAUAGUCUCGGUGUGAUCAUGCUUGAUCUAGUCUCUAGUAAAGAAGCUAUAAACAAAGGGGAUGAUCAUAAGUUGUACCGUCCUGAGAUUCUCACUAGUAAUGGUUGUGAUGAUCUGAGUGAAGAAGGUUUACUCAAAUACUUUCAGCUCGCAAUGUCUUGUUGCUCUCCUUCGCCUUCUCUUAGACCAAACACGAAGCAGGUCUUGAUGAAACUCCAAGACAUCUAGUUUCUUCUAGACGUUAGCAAGAGACUCAAUAAACUGAAAAGAUCUUC